AUGAAGGUCCUCCUUCUGAUCCUUCUCUCUCCCCUCCAAGGGGUGGGAGCCAGCGGCCACCAGGAAGAGGACUUCCGCUUCUGCGGCGACCGAAACCAAACCCAGAACAGCUCCAUCAUCUACGAGCACGGCCCCGCCACCAUCUCCAUUGAGAACACGGCCCAGGCGCUGAUAAUAAAAAGGCCUUUUGCACCAAACAGGAGAAACUCCUAUUACAAGUACAGCUUGCCCCCAGCUUUGGGCAGGUACCGCUUCUGCAUCUACUGGUUCAAGGCCAACAGGACCCUGAGGCUGGCGUACGGGAAGCAUAGCUUCCUCCUGGGUGGGGAUCUGGCCAGCAGCAUCACUCAAGAGAAGGCGAGUCAGAAGACCCAAAGAACCAACACCUCCAUCUUCAGUGUGUCCUACAUCUUCAAGGGUGGGAAAAACACCUCCAUGGACAGUACAUCUGAAUACUUCUUCCCUGCAUCUCCAGAGAGUGUGCCCGUCUGGGAGCAAGACGUGGAAGAGCAGCUCGUUGCCUUGGACAGCCUCAUCACCCAGCCCCCUGCCCUGGCCAACAGAGCCGUGGAGCAGCAGGUGCUUCGGCGCAAACUUGGGGAGCUGGAGAAGACACUGGCCAAGGUGGAGCUCGAAGGGCAGAACCAGACCUUUGGCAAAGCCACUGUACAUGCGACUGUCCUGAGGGUCCAGCCCACUCCGGCUCCUCGGCACCUGGCCUUCGCUUCCCAAAGAGAGGAGGGCAGAGAGGUCCGUGGAUUUGCCGUGGACCUGCCAAGCAGCCUGUUCAUGAUGGCGAAGGAGAGGGAGGAGGUUGUGGAGCACAGGGUGCUCCUCAUGGAUAUCAACAGCCAGACCAUGUUCCAGGAUGAAAACAACAGCCACAUCCUAGGUGACAAAGUGGUUGGCAUCUCCCUGGUGGAUACAGUGGUGGCCAACCUCUCCGAGCCAGUGGUCCUCACUUUCUUCCACAGCCAGCUGCCGAAGAACGUGACCCCGCUGUGUGUCUUCUGGAAGGAGGACACUACUGCCAGCUCUGGGAGCUGGGACAGCUAUGGUUGUGCCACAGCAACAGAGGAUGGCCGGACAGACUGCAGAUGCAACCACCUCACUUACUUUGCCGUGCUGAUGGUGUCCUCCCCGGAGAUCACCUACAUACACAGGGAUUACCUGAGUAUCAUAACCUACAUCGGCUGCCUGAUCUCGGCUUUGGCAUCCAUUUGCACCAUCUUCUUCCUCUACUUCAGGAGCAAGCAGCGAGACCAGAUCACGAGCAUGCACAUCCACAUGAACCUGCUGGGUGCCAUCUUCCUCCUGGACGUCACCUUCCUCAUCUCCGAGCACUUGGCCUCCAGCAGCAGUGAGGCAGUCUGCAGAGCUGGGGGGCUGUUCCUGCACUUCUCCCUUCUGAGCUGUCUCACCUGGAUGGGCAUUGAGGGCUACAAUCUCUACCGGCUUGUGAUUGAAGUCUUCAAUGCCUACCAUGACCACUUCCUCCUCAAGCUCUGCUUGGUGGGAUGGGGUGUCCCCUUCUUCUGCGUGACACUGAUCUUCCUGGCUAGCUGGACGAACUAUGGCCCCUUCUCCAUUCCUAUCUAUGAAUCCGUUGGUGGCAAAGCCACCAAUGCAACCAUAUGCUGGAUCACAAGUCCCCUGAUCCAUAACAUUGUGAACCUGGGCUUCUUCAGCCUGGUGUUCCUCUUUAACUCAGUCAUGUUGGGGGCCAUGAUCCGGGAGAUCCUCCGGCAGAACAAAAAAGGCCACAAGCUUAGGCAUGUCCUAGCCCUCUUUGGUCUGAGCAUCCUGCUGGGCAUUCCCUGGGCACUGGUCUUCUUCUCCUUCACCUCCGGUGUCUUCCGCCUCAUCUCCCUCUACAUCUUCACCAUCAUCAACUCCCUCCAAGGUUUCCUCAUCUUCCUCUGGUACUGGACCAUGGUGCUGCAGGCGAGAAAGUCCCCUGACUUGCAGAGCAGCUCUGACAGCGUCAAACUGCAGCCCAACAGCAGCCAGAGCCACCUUGGCUGA